AAAACCCUCCUGAAAACCCACGAAGAAGAAGAAAGCGAAAGUAACAACACAUCAACAUGUUUCCCACUGGAUUUGAUUCAUGCGCAGGAGUUUUUUAAUACUUAUAAAUUCUCUUCUUAUUGGACAAGACUGCAAAUGAAGAAUCUUCCAGAAAUUACAAUCUUUUGAAGGUCACGGAUGAUAAAACAUGAAGUUCAGUGAGAAAGAGUUGUUGAAAACAAGUUGAGUGAUUGAUUGUGCUGAUCUGUGUUCAGUGUCAGUUUAUCUGAGCGAGGAAAGGACUCUCUCUCUAAGAUGAGUCUCUCAGAGAAACACAGAGUAAGAUCAGACUCACAUGUGUCCAGCUCUGUGUCUCUGAAGAGUGAUGAUUCAAAAGAAGGAAAACCACCAGACUUCGGUGGGGAAAAACCAUCAUCCGAUAAAAGUGUAAGAUCAGACUCACAUGUGUCCAGCUCUGUGUCUCUGAAGAGUGACUGGUCAAAAGGUGGAGUACCAAACUUCAGUGGAGAAAAACCAUCAUCUAAUAAAAGGCUUCAAUAUGAGACAUUAGACUCAGACGUUCAGACUCACAGGAAACACAAGAGUUUCACAGACAAUCUCCAGUGGAUCUUCCAGGAUCUUGAGAGCAAAAUAAUCACAUUUCUGACGAAAGAGCUGGAAAAGUUUAAGAAAAUAUUACAAAAUGAGAACACAGAAUACUUUGUGAAUGACUUUAAUGAGAAUAGAUGCAGUAUCAAAGAAGCAGCUCUUGAUCUCACACUACAUUACCUGAGAGAGAUGAAGCAAGAUGAAGCUGCUGAUGCUCUAGAAGAUGAGCUGUUCUUCAUUCAUCAGCUAAAAUGUGGCCUAAAGAAGAAGUAUCAAUGUGUAUUUGAAGGAAUUGCGAAGCAAGGUGACUCCACACUCCUGAAUAACAUCUACACAGAUCUCUAUAUCACUCAGGGUGGCAGUGAACAGGUCAAUACUGAACAUGAGGUCAGACAGAUUGAAGUUGCUUCCAGGCGGCAUGAAUCUCAAGAGAUACAGGUUGAAUGCACACAAUUGUUUGAAGCACCUGAACAAGACAAGGAGAUCCGAACUGUACUGACAAAAGGAGUCGCUGGCAUCGGAAAAUCAGUCUCUGUGCAAAAGUUUGUUCUGGACUGGGCUGAAGGAAUAGAAAAUCAAGAUAUCAGCUUCAUAUUUCCUCUUCCAUUCAGAGAGAUGAACUUAAAGGAGAAAGAAAAACUAAGUUUGAUGGAUCUUAUAACUCAAUUUUUCCCAGAAACAAAAGGACUGAACCUUACAAGAAGGAAUAAUUUCAAAGUCCUGUUCAUCCUUGAUGGAUUGGACGAAUGUCGUCUUCCUCUGAAGUUUGAUUGUAAUGAGACAUGGUGUGAUGUAUCAUCACCAGCCUCUCUGGAUGUUCUCCUAACAAACCUCAUGAAGGGAAAUCUGCUUCCUUCUGCUCUCAUCUGGAUCACCACCAGACCAGCAGCUGCCAGUAAGAUUCCUCCCGACUGUAUCGACCGGCUGACAGAGAUACGAGGAUUCAAUGACUCACAAAAGGAAGAGUACUUCAAAAAAAGAUUCACGGAUCAGAAUCAGGCCAACACAAUCAUUGAUCAUGUUAAAAAAUCAAAGAGUCUCUUCAUCAUGUGCCACAUCCCAGUCUUCUGCUGGAUUUCAGCCACUGUUCUCCAGAACAUUCUGGAGGAGAAAAGAAAUAAUGAUGUGAAAAUCAAUCAGGCUGAUGAGAUCUCUAAAAGACCGCAGGAAUCAAAUACUGAAGACACUCCCAAGACUCUGACACAAAUGUACACACACUUUCUCCGCUUUCAGAUCCAGCAGAGCCGCCGAAAGUAUGAUGGAGAAUACGCACCAGAUGUUUCAUGGGAUAAAGACGCCAUCCUUUCACUGGGAAAACUGGCAUUUCAUCAGCUGGAAAUAAACAACGUGAUCUUCUAUGACACAGACCUGGAAGCCUGUGGUAUUGACGUCUAUAAGGCAUCAGUGUACUCAGGCAUGUGUACCCAGAUCUUUAAGGAGGAAACAGGGAUCAUUCUUGGUACCAUGUACUGCUUUGUUCACUUGAGCAUUCAAGAGUUUAUUGCAGCCCUUUAUGCACAUCUGUUUCUAGACAUCAACAAGAAAAGUGUGUUUGAUCACGAGUCUACAGGGCAGGAAAACAAAAAUAAAAAUUUGCUCAAGACCCUUUAUGCACAUCUGUUUCUAGACAUCAAAAAGAAAAAUGAAAUCAUGAUUGAUUUUCUCAAGACUGCAGUGGACAAGGCACUCGAGAGUGACAGUGGACACCUGGACCUUUUCCUCCGCUUCCUCCUUGGUCUGUCACUCCAGUCCAAUCGACGACUCUUACGGGGUCUGUUGACACAGCAAGAUGACAAUGACCAGAGCAACAAGGAAAUAGUUCAUUACAUCAAGCAGAAAUUAGAAGAUAAUCUGCCUGCAGAGAGAUCCAUCAAUCUGUUCUACUGUCUGAACGAACUGAAUGACCAAACUCUGGUGAAGGAGAUCCAGACCCACCUUAGCAAAGGAAGUCUCUCAUCUGGUGACCUUUCACCUGCCCAGUGGUCUGCUUUGGUCUUUGUGUUGUUGACAUCAGAGAAAGAGCUGGAGGAGUUUGAGCUUCAGAAAUUCAAGAAAUCAGACGAGUGUCUCAUUAGAUUAUCAGCAGUCAUCAAAACCUCCAGAAGAGCUCUGUAA